CAAGAAGUCUCUGUUCCUGCCCCAUCGUGCGACCCAGCGAUCCCGAGAGAACAGUUGAAUUUUGAAGUCCUUACUCACAAUGUUUGAUUGUUUUAAUUCUUAAAUCGAUUUUGAAAUGUUGCCAGUUCAGCUUGUAUUUUUCUUAUGUGGUUUCCAUGGUACUCUUGCAGGUAGUCAUUCUUAUUGGUAUAUGUACACUGGAGUCUCAGGGGCUGAAGGUUUUCCUGAGUUUACUGGAAUUGGAAUGGUUGAUGAUUUGGAAGUAUAUUAUUAUGAUAGCAUUAGAAAGGCACCAAUCCCUGAAGAACAUUUACUGAAUAAAGAAGAAAAGCUUAACUUGUAUAGAGGAAAUGAAGGUAUUGUUACAGGAGUACAGCAAAAUUUCAAAGCAAACAUUGCCAUUUUAAUGAAUCGUUUUAAUAAGUCAAAAGGAAUUCACACAUUGCAGAUGAUGUCUGGAUGUGAGUUGAAUGAUGAUGGCACCACUCAAGGUUUUUGGCAGUAUGGUUUUGAUGGAGAUAAUUUUAUUAGUUUUGACAAACAAACUUUGACCUGGACUGCAGCUAGCCAGCAUGGACAAACAACUAAGGCGAGAUGGGAUUCUAAUAAAGCAGUUAAUGAGUACAGCAAGGGUUAUUUGGAAGGAACCUGCCUUGAAUGGCUGAAGAAAUAUGUACAGUAUGGGGCAAAGACUCUAGAGAGAAAAGUUCACCCAGAGGUAUUCCUUACACACAGAAGAACAUAUUCUGGAAUGGAGGCUAUCUGUUAUGUAACAGGAUUCUUCCCAAGAGACAUUGUAGUGACAUGGCACAAUGGUGGUUCACAUGAUCUGGAUGUUGAAAGUGGAGAAGUGUUGCCCAAUGAGGAUGGGACCUACCAGGUGAAAAAGACAUUAAAAUUGAGAAUAAAGCCAGAAGAACUAAAGAAGGGAGACUACUCUUGCUGUGUGGUCCACAGUAGCCUUGCUGGGAAUAUUACAAUUGAGCUAGACCCUGCAAUGAUGAAUCUGAAUGAGCCUUUUUCAAUUUUGAUAAUUGCUGUUGUCAUGGGGAUAUUGUUUGCUGUUGCCAUAGGGACUGGAAUGGUGAUAUGGAAGAUGAAAACAUCAGGUAAUAGGCAGAGGGAGCAUAGUGUAGGUGGCAUAGAGGAUGGAUGGGCAUCCCGACUGGGAGAGAAGAAGAUUUCUUACCUGAAUGGGAGGCUCCGAGAGGGCAUAAAGGUAUCCACCCAAGAGAGGGGACGGGGGCCAGACACAAUAGAGACUCCCCAAGUUGAUGGACAGACAGAGAAGAAGAUUUCUUCCCUGGACGGGAAGCCCUUGGCAAAUGGACAGGCGUCCCGACCGGAUGUGGUUCCAGUGCUAGAUGGCAGCAGCCCUCCAUAUUGGUGCCCAUUCGGGAAUCAGAAGGGAAUGUCGGGAGUUGUAGUCCUGCAGCACAGCCCUGCUAAGGUCCGUGGGUGCCACAAGGUGGCACUGCAGGGAGAUGAACUCCUCACUAUAUUGGACUUCUGGAUGACCAGGAAGUACUUCCAAUGGACAGUAGCCCUGGUGUUGAAGUACUCCCGGGUCCACAAUAAAGGGGAACCACACUCCAUUGUCCAGGCAACUAUGCUCUCCUUCAGAGCCUUGUAUAUUGUUGGCCUAAACAGCACUGAGUUCCCAAACUUAACCCUUUGGGAGAUGGUAGAUGAGCUGGAACUGUAUCACUAUGACAGCAAUAAUAUGUCAUUUAUAUCACAGUAUGAGUGGUUAAAAAAUAUUGAAGAUCAGCAAUUCUGGACAUUUCAGAAUAAUCUCUUAUAUUAUCUGAAGGAUCUUAGCAACAAUGCUAUCAAAACUGUAAUGGGACUUUUCAACCAAACAUCUGUUAAGUCGGAAGUGUUUCUGGUACAGCGAAUGGCUACUGAAGUCACUUGUUUUGUAACUGGAUUCUUACCUAGUGAAAUUAAUGUAACCUGGAUUAGAGAUGAUGGGAAACAGGUAGAAUCAACAAGUGGAGAGAUUUUACCAAAUGGAGAUGAAACGUAUCAGAUCAGGAUCAACCUUACAGUGAGCUCCAUGGACCUGGAGACAUACAGUUACUCCUGUGUGGUGAAGCACUCCAGUCUAACUAAAAACUUCAUUGUAACCUGGAAUUACAAAGAAUCUGAUUCUUCUACUGGUAUCAUCAUUGGAGUCACCAUUGCUAUUGUAUUGUUAAUCAUUGUUGCAAUCAUUGUGUUGAUCAUUUGGAAAAGGAGGCAAAAUGCCACUAUUGCAGAAGGAGCAGUAACAUAUAUGAGAGAUUUCACCUCAAAGUUUAAGGAUCGUCUUACAUUCUCUUCUUUUUCAUCAAGUAGUUCCUUAAGCUCCCAGACAUAAUCAGAAAAUGCACUGUUAGCUCCUGCUCCAUUCUGUUUACCAGAGGUUAAGGAAGCCUGUGAAUCACAAUCCAGCAAACAUUCUUUACCAUGUGAAGAAGAAGCCAGGCAUCUACUAAAGAAUUCCAAAGGGCACAACUCUUAAGAUCCAGUCCUGAUCUUGAUCUGUGUUUCUCUCUUUUAUGGCAGUAAAACUUUAACCAUCCAGAGAUGUGUCCAUAACACAAAGGAACCUGAAAUGCAGCAAUACUUAAAUAUAUAAUAGAAGAAAACACAAAUAAAAAACUCACAGUGAUUAAACAAGCAUGAAUAAUGUCUUAAACAAAAGAAAACAUAUAAAUAUCUACAUAAAAUGUACAAAACAUAGUAUUAGCCUCUCCUUGUCAAACAAUCAGCACCUCUUCCCACAAUACACGGAGAGCCACAUCUAUGGAUAAAGCUUUCCGUGACCAUUUCAACUGCUUCCAGUUUACUGAUAUCCAGGUGAUUCCUGAAGACAGAGCUCUUUGUCAGACUUCAUGGCACUUGUCUUUGCUUUCUACCUCUUUACUCACUUUCUGGAUAUCUGCAAUACUCUGCUGACCCCAUCAACUGUUAACCAACUGGGGUUUAGUUAGACUGACAGUUUGUUUUUUUACAUUUUCUUUAGGACUAAGCU